GCAGAGCACCGGAGGGCGCCGGCGGGAAGGGACGCGGCGGGUAAGCGAGGCCUGCGUGCGGUCUGUGUUUCUCACAGGGUUGGGAACUUCCUCAUGUCCAGCUCUCCAGACCGGGAAGAGCGAGUGAUUGGAGCUUUGGAACGCACCGUUCCUCCGCUUUCGUCCUGUCGCCUCCGGAGGCGCUCUGACCGUCCGUGUGUUUUUAGCGUCCCGGAGCUUCCCAGUCUCACGGCGCCUUGGCCUCUGCUCUCCCAGCACCCACUGGGGAAACCGAAGGCCGGACCCUGUCCCUGACUUCUGCCGGCUCCAGUCUGAAAUUCCUUACCGGCUCCAGUCUGAAAUUCCUUACCGGCUCGCGCUGACAGAAGCAGAUAAUGGGCAACAGUGUCUUUCAUUAAUCUGUGAUCACCAUGUCUAAGGAGGAGUGCCCCAAGGCUGCUGACAAUUCAUUCUCCUCUGACAAACAUGCCCAGCUCAUCUUGGCGCAGAUGAACAAAAUGAGAAGUGGACAGCAUUUCUGUGAUGUGCAGCUCCAGGUGGGGAAGGAAACCUUCCAAGUCCAUCGGCUGGUCCUGGCCGCCAGCAGUCCGUACUUUGCAGCUUUGUUCACUGGAGGAAUGAAAGAGUCUUCAAAAGAUGUUGUACAGAUUCUAGGAGUUGAAGCUGGAAUCUUUCAGUUACUUCUAGAUUUCAUUUAUACAGGAGUAGUGAACAUAGCUGUGACUAAUGUCCAGGAGUUGAUUGUUGCAGCAGACAUGCUACAGUUGACUGAAGUUGUUAAUCUUUGCUGUGAUUUUCUGAAAGGACAAAUUGAUCCACAGAACUGCAUUGGACUCUUUCAGUUCUCUGAGCAAAUUGCCUGCCAUGAUCUUUUGGAAUUUACAGAAAAUUAUAUUCAUGUCCAUUUCUUGGAGGUUCAUACUGGGGAAGAGUUCCUCGGGCUUACAAAAGAUCAGCUGAUCAAAAUUUUACGAAGUGAAGAGCUUAGCAUUGAAGAUGAAUACCAAGUCUUCUUAGCUGCAAUGCAGUGGAUUCUUAAAGACCUGGGAAAGAGAAGAAAACAUGUGGUGGAAGUAUUAGAUCCAGUUCGAUUCCCCUUGUUACCAUCUCAGAGGCUUUUAAAGUACAUAGAAGGUAACUCUUUAGUGUAUAUCAAACUAGCUAGUUGAUCUCUGAGAUCUGUUUCUCUGUGUGUGUGUGUGUGUGUGUGUGUGUGUGUGUGUGUGUGUGUGUGUGUACGCACACAUGCAUACACAGAUAUAUAUAUAUAUAAAGAAGGUGUGUGUGUUCAAGCACUUAAAGGCUAGAAGUUGACUUGAGGGUUCUUCCUCAGUUGUUCCUCCCCUUGUGUUUUAAGACAGGCUAUCUCAUUGAACUGGGAGCUUGCUGAUUUAUCUAGACUGGCUAGCUAACAAGCCCCAGGGAUCUUACUGUCUCCACCUCCCCAGUUCUAGGAUUUCAGGCUCAUACCACCAUGAUGGAAAUUUUCACAUAGGUGAUAGGAUCAAAUUUUGGUCCGAAUACUUGGGUCAGAAGUCAUUGAACAGCUGAUACAGUGUUAGAGCUUCUGUGUCAACUUUGAAUUAUCCUCAGGUUCUAAGCAUUUUCCUCUUUGUUUUUUAAUUGUUGGGGAUUUCUUGUUUUAAGGAGUAGUCUAGGCUAGCUCAGAUUCACAAUCUUCCUGGUAUGUACUACCACAACCAGAGGGACUUCUAGUUCUGAAUUAACAACAGCAGAAAGGUGCACACACACACACACACACACACACACACAAUUAAAAAAUAAAUAGAUAAAUUGUGGUUUGAUUUUCAAGACCCCAUUUUUCUGUGUAGCCCUGGCUGUCCUGGAGCUCACUAUGGAGACCAGGCUGGCAUCAGACCCAAAGAUCCGCCUCCCUCUGACUCCCAAGUGCUGGGAUUAAAGGUGUGUGCCACCACUGCCAAGCCACCUUACUGUUUUUUGUGGUUUUCGUUUUUUUUUUAAUUUGAAGGACAAAAGGUGAAUAACAUUAAAAAUAAAAUUAUAGUUUCAGUUGUAAACAGUGUCAAUUCUCUGCUAAGAAAACUUGUGCACUUAGGAUUUUUACUUUUCUUUCCAUCUCCUUUUUCUGUCAAAGUCCUCAAGGUUUAUAGCCAUUACAUUUAUGUUUGUAGCCGUGAGUCCCUCGGCUCUUUGCCUUUAUCUCUCUAUUCAGAGGAUUUUUAUGCUAACAGAUGGUUUUCAGCUGAAGUCUGUAUGUUUAAGACAGGAUCUCCUGUGGCUGGAGUGGGUCAGUAACUCAAUAUAUAACCAAGAGUGACCUCACUUCUGUUGUUGCUGACUCUUUUUUCUCACAAGAGCUGGAUUACAGCCAUGUGAUCACAUACCCAGCUUCAAGUAUGGUUUUUUUAUACUUUUUUUUUUUUUUUGGGACAGGGUUUCUCUGUGUAGCCCUGGCUGUCCUGGAACUCACAAUGUAGACCAGGCUGGCCUUCAGAAAUCCGUCUUCUGAAAACAGCUACAGUGUAUUUGCAUAUAAUAAAAAAAAUCUUAAAAAAGAAAAAGAAAAAAAAAAGAAUUGUGUGGAGUCUUUCUUUCCACCUGAAGGUUCUAAGGAUUGAACUUGGGUCUUCGGAUUUGAUGGUAAAACGCUUUGACCCAGAGUGAUCACAGCAGCAGUAAAACAGCUUGUGUUUAUUUUCAGGGAUUCUUUCUUUCUAGUUGAAUGCCUUAGGAAUUCUUUCAUUAUUCUUGAUUUCUGUUGUUGUUGUUGUUACUUUGUUUUGAACUUUGCUAUUUCUUUAGUUAGAUUCUAUCAUAUUUUCUCUCUUUUUGAAAGUUCUUCUGAGUAUGAGGGUGCAUGUCUGUAAUCCUAGUACUCAAGUGGCAAAAACAGGAGGACCUCUGCGAAUUUGAGGACAGCCUAGACUGCAUAGUCAGUGCUAGGCCAACCUGGACUAAAGAGUGAGGCCCUGUCUAAAAAUAAAUACAUAAAUAAAUAAGUUUAAUUCCC